AUGGAUCCAAUCUUAUACAGGGCGGCCAAAGAGGGAAAUGUUGAUGACCUCAUGAAAAAAGUAGAUCAACUAGAAGUCCAAGUGACCCCCAACAAAAACACAGUCCUCCACGUCGCAGCUCAAUUCGGCCAAACACAAUGUGUGAAAGAGAUCUUACAGAAGUGCAGUGGAUCACUGCUUUGUUGGGUGAAUAUCAAACGUGAGACUUCACUUCACAUUUCAGCAAGGGAAGGACACACCACCACAGUACAAGCACUCAUUGAUUCUGCAAAAGCAUUACCGGACGAUAAAGACCUCGAAAGCGGGACUAGAGUUAACAAGACCGAGAAGAUGCUAAGGAUGAGUAAUGUGGAGGGGGAGACGGCCUUGUAUGAGGCUGUGCGAAAUAAUCAUCUUGAGGUUGUUAAGAUUUUGAUGACAGAAGACCCUCAGUAUUUACAUCCACCCAACAAUGCCAAGGAGAAUCCGCUUUACCUAGCUGCCCAAAGAUGUUAUCCAUCUAUUCUGUCCAAAAUUUUGGAAAUUACCAUUUCAAAAGAUUACAUUUCACAAGAUUACAUUCGUCCAAAUGGACGAACGCCCUUACACGCGGCAACAAUUUCUUAUGACAAAGAAUGCGUAAAAAUAUUACACGACUUGAAGCCAUCACUAAUCAAGGAAGCAGAUGUAUCUGGAUGGAGACCACUUCACUAUGCUGCAUGGUUUGGUGAUGUAUCAGCAGUUAGACACCUACUUGAUCUAGAUAAAUCCGUGGCAUACCUUCCUGCAGAAACAGAUGACAAUAAGACGGCUCUUCACCUAGCAGCUAGUCAAGGUCAUCUAGAUGUGAUGAAAGAACUUCUCUCAUACUGUCCAGAUUGCUGGGAAAACAUCAACAAUAAAUGCCAGAAUAUCCUUCACAUUGCAGUGGAGCAUGAGAAAAGUGAAAUCAUCGAAUUUAUCUUAGAAAAUUCCUUUUCCAACAGCCUCAUAAAUCAGAAAGACACAGAUCGAAACACACCUCUUCAUUUGCUUUGUGCUAAAUCCGACUAUCUCAAUUACAGUCUCAAAGACGACCCUAGUGACCACAGCACGCCCUACCACAAGAAAAUUUUGACUGCACUCAAAGUAGUAUAUGGUGACAACCGUUACAUGUAUCCACAGGAGGUACCAGAGGUGGGUUGCCAAAACAAAUUCAAAUUACGCAAAGGAAAUGACUCUGCUCGAUUGAACGAGUUAGCUACUAAAAUUUCGGACAACAAUUUGAUAGUAGCUACACUUAUAGCGACCAUGACCUUUGCAGCUGGUUUCACUAUUCCAGGGGGCUAUGACGGCAAUGCUGGGCCAAAUCAAGGUAUGGCAGUUUUAGUAAGACGAGCAGCUUUCAAUGUAUUUGUUGUGACGGAUGCUAUUGCAAUGAUCUUCUCCAUUAAAGCUGUAUUUACCCACAUAUCUGCAUCCACUUAUAAAGACGAAGAUAAGCGUGCUAAUGGCUAUCGCAACGCUCUUGCAACCAUUAUAUGCGCUAUUGGAUCAAUGGUGGUUGCAUUUAUGACCGGCUUUUAUGUUGUGUUGGCACAUUCACCGGUGCUCGCAAUAAGUGUAAUCGUCAUUUGUUGCCUCUUUCUUCUAAAUGCUUUAAGUUGGUUCCUGGACGCAUACCUUGCAGUAGCUGAUGACUUUAAAAAUGACGUUAGGAGGCUCUUCGUUGAUUUCAAGAAGUUUACACGCAAAGCUAUCGACUCUUUACUUUCUGGAGGGCGCAAAGCUAUCAUCAUUCUAAUAGCGGUUUCCUUCCUUGCCGGCAUUGGAUAUGUUGGUUAUCUGUAUACCAAAUUUAAAUUAAAGCAUAAAUGGUUAUAG